CAGCCACCGCCACGACCGCACGCCAGCGCUCUCCCGAACAACCUGCGCGAGCGAAGCGCAGACACAGCGCAUCUGAGAGCGACGGCGAGCUUGAGGCUGCCGAACAGCAGGACGAUUCAGCAGGGCCAUCCCGUCAUAGAUCAAAGCGCAGGCGCGAACAAGACGGGACAAUGCGCCUCGAUAACGAUACGUCGAGACAACCGCGGUCACCUUCCCUAGGUUUCACGAACGGCUCCUCGCGCUCGUCAGGGCCACGGUCGCCCCUAGGCAAAACCGCAAAUGGGGACUCGCAUACGCGUGGGGAGAGCAAUGGCUCGUACGCGAAUGGGAGCUCGACGGCGAUCAGCAAACCAGUGCCUACAACCUACUUUGGCCACGACAGAGACGAGGUCACACGGAUAAUGAUACAGAGUCUGACGGAUCUGGGUUACCACGAAGCUGCAGACGCGCUAUGCAAAGAGAGUGGGCGUCAGCUUGAGGGACCCACCGUGGCUUCGUUUCGUCGCUCCGUACUUAAUGGCGACUGGGAAGUGGCAGAAGAGCUUCUGUUUGGUACUGUGACGCACGACAAUGGAGGGGGUGUCGGUCUGGACGACUCGUAUGGGAAAUCUUGGGGCAAGACACGAUCAAGAGCAAAUUCACACCGUUCUGGGGGGCUGACACUGGCCGAGGGCGCCAACAGAGACGAAAUGCUUUUCUGGAUGAAGCAACAGAAGUAUUUAGAGCUCCUUGAACGGCGGGACCUUGGCAGUGCACUCGCAGUAUUGAGGCAAGAGCUCACGCCGUUACACCAGGACGUUGGUCGACUGCAUUUCCUUUCCAGUCUUAUGAUGUGCCCUUCUGCGGAGGACUUGCGGCAUCAGUCGCAAUGGGAAGGUGCCCAGGGCGAGUCGCGGACGCAUCUGCUUUCUGAUUUGUCCAAAUCAAUAUCUCCGAGCGUCAUGAUCCCAGAGCAUCGGUUGGCCGCUCUGUUAGAUGAGGUGAAGGAUAGCUGGAUAAACAGCUGCCUCUACCACAAUACCACGGAGUCGCCCUCGCUGUACCUCGACCACAAUUGCGAACGAGAUGACUUCCCAACAAAGGCAGUCUUGGACCUCAAAGACCACACAGAUGAAGUUUGGUACUUAAAGUACUCGAACGAUGGUACAAAGUUGGCGUCGACAAGUAAAGACACGUCGAUCUUCAUCUACGAGACCUCAACAUACAGGAUCCUACACCAUCUCGAAGACCACCAGGACUCGGGAGUAACGCACGUGGCAUGGAGUCCCGACGAUUCCAUGAUUGUCACAUGUUGUUCGCAGCCAGAGAACUCCGCAAGGGUGUGGGACGCUAACAGCGGCGCUUGCAUACUGUGCAUUAGCGAUUUCACAUACCCGUGUACAACAGCGGCAUGGUCACCCGACGGCAGAUACGUCGUGAUUGGAUCGCAGGACGACAAGCUAGGCUGCGGAAUCUGGGAUAUGACAGGGCUUCAAAUACACAACUUCUGUGGGGACGGCACGAAACUACGUGCGAACGAUCUUGCGAUAUCGCCAAAUGGCGAACGCCUUGUUGUCGUCUCGGAGCACUCAAUCAUCGUCUACGACUUCAUCACUUACAAGAAAUUAUGCGAGUGGAAUCCUGAAUCCAAACUCACUAGCAUCACAAUCAGCCAAGAUUCAAGGCAUAUGCUCGUCAGCAUGAAUCCCGACACGAUCGAGCUCAUGGAGAUUGACAGUGCCGAUCUGAUACACAAGUUCGAAGGGCACCAGCAGAAGCAGUUCAUCAUCCGUUCUGCAUUUGGAGGGGCAGACGAAAACUUCAUAGUCAGCGGAAGCGAAGAUUCACGAAUAUACAUCUGGCGGUCCAACGGGCUCCUCGUCGAGGCCCUUGAUGCGCACUCUGGCUGCGUCAAUAGCAUUGCAUGGCACCCCAAGGACCACAGCACAUUUGCAUCAGCAGGCGACGACCACAAAGUCAAGAUCUGGAAACCGAGCCGAGCUGCUCUGAUGGAGGCCAAUCGUAACACUCCCAACGGCUACGGGCGGUAGCGGAACUGUUCGCAAUUUGAGUAUGUCUGUUUGGUUUAAGAUUGCAUUGUUGGCGCAUGGUGAAAGGCUUUCUGGUGUUGAGGUCAUAGGUCGUCGGAUCAUGGCGGAUAGGAUGGGUCUGAAACUCUUAUACUUGUUGCAUCUUGGAAUGGACUAUGUCUGCAUGCAUGUUAUAUCAAUACACUUAGCGUGAGACGCGGCAAAGAAUUGGGCAUCACUAACUCUCCACAAGGUUUCUUUACAAUCAACACGUUCCCGACGCGGAGAUUAGACUUACUACGCUGGUUGUCCUCGCGGUCGGAUGUCGGUCCUGCUCAUCACGGCCAAACCUAGUGGUCGCUCAGCCUCAAUCGCAUAGACGGCAUCACCCUACUGGUCCCACGCGUCGUUGUGGACUUGCGUCCGCAUAAGCAUUUUCCGAGACUUCCCCGCAUCAUUGCUCCUU